CUUUAUCUGCUUAUAAAUUAAGCCUCCUACUGUGUUGUCUUGGACAAAACACAUAGAAAAAUCUAACUCCAUGACUUCUCUAACUUCUCAGCUUCUGCUUUUCUCUUCACUUUUAGUGUCCUGUUGCUUUUUUACUACUUCAGAGGCUCAAUCCUCUGCACCUAUAGUGAAGGGACUUUCAUGGACUUUCUAUGAAUCUUCAUGUCCCAAGUUUGAAUCCAUCAUCAGAAAACAGCUCAAGAAGGUCUUCAAGAAAGACAUUGGCCAAGCUGCUGGCUUGCUUCGCCUCCAUUUCCAUGACUGCUUUGUACAGGGAUGUGAUGGUUCAGUGUUGCUUGAUGGCUCGGCCAGUGGGCCGACUGAGCAGGACGCCCCUCCAAACCUUAGUUUGAGGGCAGAGGCAUUCAAAAUCAUUGAUGACCUCCGUGCCCGUGUUCACAAGCAGUGUGGUCGUGUUGUCUCGUGCUCUGAUAUCACCGCCAUUGCUGCCCGUGAUGCUGUGUUCUUGUCAGGUGGCCCUGACUAUGAUAUCCCCUUGGGAAGAAGGGAUGGACUUAGCUUCGCGACAAGAAACGCGACAGUGAAAAACCUUCCUGCACCAACAGCCAACACCAGUUUCCUCCUGACCGACCUCGCCACCAAAAAGUUCGAUGCCACUGACGUUGUAGCCCUCUCCGGUGGCCACACCAUCGGAUUAAGCAAUUGCACUUCUUUCACCUUUAGGCUUUACCCACAAGACCCCAUCAUGGACAAGACCUUUGCCAAAAAGCUCAAAGUCAUUUGUCCCACAAAAAAUACCAUCAACACCACUGUGCUGGACAUUAGAACUCCAAACAAAUUCGACAACAAGUACUACGUUGACCUAAUGAACCGGCAAGGCCUCUUCACCUCGGACCAGGAUUUGUACACUGAUAAAAGGACUCGGCACAUUGUUAAGAGCUUCGCCGUUAAUAAGACUCUCUUCUUCGAGAAGUUUGUGUCUGGUAUGAUCAAAAUGGGGCAGCUAAGUGUGGUGACCGGCACAAGAGGGGAAAUUCGCGCGAAUUGCUCACUGAGGAAUUCGGAUAAUUGGUACCUGUCAUCUGUGGUGGAAGAAAAAGAAGAGACCUUAUCAGAGUUUUGAGAGUAGAGUAAGGUUCAUGUGUACUUAUUUAUGUGCUUUCUUUUCCCUUGUUUGUUUAGUAUGAAAACUGCUAGAAAAUGUUGUUGUUGGCUUUUCUGUGAUGAGUUUAGCUUAGUAAUAAAGUGUUUGAGCUGUUUAAUUGA